UUUUUCCUCACCAUGUCUGGUCGUGGCAAGGGAGGAAAAGGUCUUGGAAAAGGUGGUGCUAAGCGCCACAGAAAAGUGCUGCGGGAUAACAUCCAAGGCAUUACAAAGCCCGCCAUCCGUCGUCUGGCUCGGCGUGGCGGCGUUAAGCGUAUUUCAGGGCUUAUUUACGAAGAGACUCGAGGAGUCCUUAAAGUCUUCUUGGAGAAUGUGAUACGCGAUGCCGUCACCUACACAGAGCAUGCCAAGAGGAAGACCGUCACUGCUAUGGAUGUCGUGUAUGCGCUGAAACGCCAGGGCCGGAUGCUUCCUACAUCUUUAAGGAAAAGAAAAUCGUUUCUUGUAUUUCUCAUGGCUCGUACUAAGCAAACUGCGCGAAAAUCUACCGGCGGUAAGGCGCCUCGCAAACAGUUGGCUACUAAAGCAGCUCGUAAGAGCGCUCCUGCUACCGGCGGCGUAAAGAAGCCUCACCGCUACCGCCCUGGCACCGUGGCGUUGCGAGAGAUCCGCCGCUAUCAGAAGUCCACCGAGCUGCUGAUCCGUAAGCUGCCCUUCCAGCGGCUGGUGCGUGAGAUCGCGCAGGACUUCAAGACCGACCUACGCUUCCAGAGUUCGGCCGUGAUGGCCUUGCAGGAGGCCAGCGAAGCCUACCUUGUGGGCCUGUUUGAGGACACGAAUCUGUGCGCCAUCCACGCGAAACGAGUGACGAUCAUGCCCAAAGAUAUACAGUUGGCCCGUCGCAUCCGAGGGGAAAGAGCUUAA